AAAAAGUUUUAACAAUGGGUGCUGAAGAUGAUGAACUGUUCGUAUCUUCUGGAGACUGAAUAUAUUCCUACAAUGGAAGAAGCAAUUGCUGCUUUAGGUGAGCUCAGCAUAGGCCUUGUAAUUCUUGGUGGAAUUGUAACUACAGGCAUGUACUGCAUAUAUAUAGAAGAAUUAGUAUUUAUUUAUCGGCAUUGGCCUGUAAAAUUCUUCUUUUUAAAACUUGGUUGUCUCAGCAUAUUUCCUAUUGUUGGCUCCUGUUUCUUCCUAAAUCUUUUAAUCCCCCGUGCCACUAAUUAUACAACUACUACUGUUGUUUUAUGCUUACCAGCACCUCUAGUAUUGUUCUUCUGGGUUGUAAUUGGAUAUGCAUCAAAAGAAAGACAAUUAUUGGAGAGGUUAGAAGAUAAAUUAAUUCCAUUAAGAGGUCCUCCGCUGUGCUGGGUUUGUUGGUGCUGUCCAAAAGUAACAUUUUCAAAGCAAAGCUUCAAAGUAGUCAAGGCUUGUAUAUACCAAUUUUUUUUAACUCCGAUAAUUCUAUAUAUUGUUACAAUCAUCUGUACCAAGUUGGGAGUGUAUAAAGAAUUGAAGUUUGUGCCAGACAAUGCUGCCCCUUAUCUUGUGGCUCUGAACUUUAUAUCUUUUUUCAUGGGAGUUUAUGGGCUAUAUAUUUUCAUGAAAACAACUUCAAAACUCCUCUCAGGAUUUCACAUACAAGGCAAAUUUUACUCCCUGCAACUUCAGUUCAUUCUAGUUCGCUUCCACUUCUUUACAUUUGAUACUUUUGGUCGAUUGGGGUAUUUCCCUUGUCAUCCACCAGUUUCAUCAUUAAUGACAGCUUUAUACAUUAGAAGUGCCUUGCUAUUGGGAGAAGGCUUCAUUUUAUCUGUAGUUGGAAGAUUCUUUUUCCUUCAUACUCCUCCUCCUCAUUUCAUGAGAGCCGAAUCUAAUCAUCCCAUUAAUCAGAGUGCAUAAAAUAUAUGUAAUUUUAACAUUCUCUAAAAACUGGUUCGUUUGUGUUAGCAAGGCGUGAGGAAUAACUUUGCUUAGGUAUAAUUGUGUUGCCAAUAUUACAUGAUCUUGGAAUUUGCCUAUAAUUUUAUUUUUCUCCUUUUAAAUAUAUUUUUUUUUUCUUAACUUAUAAGAUUCAAAUCCUGUUACAUUUCAAACUUCCAACUUCGUUGGUUUAAAAAAAAGUGAAAUGAAUGUCCAUUAACAUAAUGCUAAUUUAAAUCCAUACUGUCCAAUGUCCAGAUAUUGAAAUACUUAACUAAAAAUGUUUCCUUAUAAAUAACUGCAGAACUGGUUAAGAUAAGCUUGCAAGAAUAUUGCAAAAAUGAUCAAUAUUAUUUUUUUUCCUUAAGUACAUAUCACUUAAAAAUCUACUUUUAGCUUGAAACAGUUUUAAAGAUUUUUUUUUCAAAAACCGUUACGACUUUUAACUUGCAUUUUUGAUUUUCCCCCACUUUUUUUUUCAUUUUUUAAGACUCUAAUAAAGUCUUAAAUGUUACCUGUCACCUAAAAUAUUACCAAAAUGUUCAUGUGCAGCACUCAAUAACAAUGUGUCUUCCAUGUAUAGAAAGAAAAACUGGUUUUAAUUUUUCUAAUUUUAGAAAACUGGAAAAGGUUAUGUGUUCUUCACAAUGUUGUUCAUAAGCUGUGCAAGGUAGAUUUUUUUUUUUUUUUAAUUUGGCUUUUUAUAUAAUGAUAUCUAGAAUUCAAUAUAUGGAAAUGGCAUUCCUGUGCUUGAUUGUUAGCUGCGUUGUGAAAUUAUAAUUUGUUCAAUUUGUUGUUAACUAUGAUGUGAGUACAAAUUUUAAAUAUAAUUGAUCAAUGUUAAUUGCAUGCAUCUAAAGCAAAGCUAUUAAUGCAGCUUCAGCUACCUGCUACAGCUAUAUUAUGGUAAUUGUAAUUUUCUGUGUAUUUUCUAUUGCUAUUUAAUCACGAACCCCCCUGCAUGAACUAUACCUAUAUUGAAAUGUGAUAAAUAAUCUGAAGAAAUAUGUUAAUAUAAAAUUGAAGUGGCAUAAGUUACUCAAUUUAAGAACAAAGUUUAUUUUCUAUUUUGUUUCUUUAAAUGAGGUAGUUAUGUUUUACACAUCACUUGGCAUAUUUGUCUCAUUUAAAUAUUCAUGCUAAAACUUUUAUUUUAAAAGUUAUUUAAUGUACAAAUCAAUGCAACAACAUUAAUGUUGGUUUUUUACUUUUUUAUGCUUUACAAGUUUAUCAUGACUGUUUUAUUUAUUUUAAAUUCUUCACUCCUUGCCAAAUAUCAGAUUGAGGUUUUGUAUGUCCCAUUCUUGUGCAAUAUACUGAUUCAUGUUAAAUUAUAUUCAUAUUUAAAAAGCGAGCCAAAAAGAAAAUUGUUAUUUAUUGUCAUUUUGUUAUGAUUAAGUUAGACUUUUAUUUGAUAUCUGAAUGCAUAUUUUGAAUUAUCUUGGAAAGUACAUAGAUGUACCUACAGAUAUGGUACAUAAAAUAUUUCAUUCAGUUAGGCAAAAUUAUAACUUCUCUGAAAGAUAAAGCAUUAAAAUUUCAAAAUUAAUUUGUAUCAUAUUAAUAUAUCCUUUUAGUUAUUCAUUUUUAUGUUGCAUUCUGAGAAUUAAAAUUUCUUUAUUUGGAUUAUAGUACAAUACUUGUACAAGCUCAAAAAAUUUUUAAUAUAUGUAAAAUUUUCAAGUCACUAAAAUAUGCAAAAAAGAAGCCAAACUGUGUUCAUUUAUCUUUUUAUUCCUCUGCAACUAAUCAUCAUGUACACUCCUUGUAUAUACAUAAAAAUUAUAGGUUAAAAAUAGACUGAUUAUUGUGCUGAAUAGUGGACUAAAAUCUGCUGCUGAAUAAAAUUUUAGCAAUACAAAAUGCUGUGAAAUACUCGCUUUUAAUAUAGGGCCGCAGCUUUGGUUAUUUUAUACUAGUGCAUUUUUUUUAAUAUAAAAAGUAUGUCUCUGCACAAUAUGUAAUGCAAGCCAACUGGUAAUUAUCUUAUAGACUAGGUAAUUAUCAAAAUAUUUGGAUAUAUACACUGAUAUGUACAGUCACAGUAUAAUUAGUUAAUUAGGGGAAAGCUUGGUAGAAUUCUAUAGAAAAAAUAAUGAGCUGUGCAUGUAAAAUGUUUGGACGAACGUUUCCCCGUAUGCAUAUCAUGUUGUGAAGGAAUUUGUAAUUUUAAGUGUUUAUAUGCUUGCAAAAAGUGUUGUAUAUAAACUAAAGAAGUCUCCAUAACUUUAUUGCUAAGACUGGAAGGAAUUUUUGUUUUUCUUUAAUAAAAUAUUGCUUGUAUUAGAUUGAUUUUAAAUUUAUAUUGCACAAUAAUUUGUAAAAAUUGAGGCUUUCGGCUAUUUCGACAAAUUGAUAAUCCUGCUUGAUAUCAUGGAGAUUGAUAUUUGAGGAAUACUGACUAUUCUGAAUUAUCAGGCUUCUUUUUUCCCCCUUUAAAUUACAAAAAGCUUUGUUAAAUUUUAUUUAUGAAAAGUGAUUUCUUUUAAAUAAAUAAUUAUUUUCCCAAG